AUCGUGACUCUUCCACGGCAACGUCUGCAACGACGCCAGAGCGGCCACCAGACAUCAGAGAGCGCUGCAUUAAGCUGCAGACGUCCCACGACUGCCACUGAAAGAGAAAACCGCACAACGAGCGCUUAGGAACAAGCAAAGGCAACACCAGCAGCUGCAGCAAUAUUUCAUCCCGCGAUGCUCCGACUACUAGCAUUAGUCACGGUAACAACCUCAUGGACGCCCGCGCGCGUCGCGCCGCAACCACCGCGCGCCGCCGUCAGAUUACAAGCAGCGCCGCCGCACCCGAGCCUCGGCAGCCUCACAUUGGUAGGAGCGGGCCCGGGCGACCCGGAACUGCUCACGGUCGCAGCGUUACGAGCAAUUGCCGAUAGCGAAGCCUUGGUGAUCUGCGACCGACUCGUGAGCCCCGAGAUCCGGGAACUCGUGCGAGGCGAGCUGCGAGUCGCAGGAAAAUUACCAGGCUGCGCCGAAAAAGCACAACAACAAAUCUACGACUGGUGCCGCGAAGGUCUCACAGAGGGUAGAAGAGUCGUGCGACUGAAAAUCGGCGAUCCGUUCGUGUUCGGCCGAGGCGGCGAGGAGGUUUUGGAGUUGCGGGAAAGGCUGGGCGUGGAAGCUAGGGUUGUUCCUGGAGUAUCCGCCUGCUUAGCAGCACCUCUCGCGGCGGGCGUGCCCGUGACGCACCGGGGGGCCGCGCACCAGACGCUCGUGAGCACGGGUUACGGCCGGGGCAACUCGUCGUCGCCCGAACUGCCUCCCUACGACCCUCGCCGUACGAUCGUGCUGCUGAUGGCCGUCGGGCGGUUGCGAUCGAUAGUGGACGACUGCGUCGCGUCGCAAGACUUCCCGCUCGACUGCCCUGCCUUAGUUGUGGAGCAAGCGGCCACGCCGCGCCAGCGCACGGUCCUGGGCGACCUGUCGGACAUCGCCGACUUAGCUGAAAAACAUGAGAUCAAGGCGCCGGCGACUGUGGUAUUCGGCGACGCCGUUAGGGCUUUACAUCAAGGCGUCGCGCACGGGUUGAUCGAGAUGCCGGAGCCGACGGGCUUCAGUCCCGUGAUAGACGUGCGCCACGCUGGGGUUUCUAGACCAGCGUCGCUGGACGUGUCGGCGACGCUCGCGCAAGCUGCGCCUUGAAUGAUGGUGCUUGUACAUACUAUGUCUAAACAUACAUAUAAUUAC